AUGGAGGAGAAGGACGAUGCUGUUAAGGGCGCAUUCUACGCGAGAAUCGAGGACACAUACGACCGCUGCCCAGUCCACGACGGGAAGCUUAUCCUCGGGGACUGCAAUGCAAAGGUCGGUCGCGAACGCAUCUUUGACCCCACCGUCGGUCGAUUCAGCCUCCAUGAGACCACCUCGAACAACGGUCUCAGGCUGAUUGACUUCGCCGCGGCGCGAAACAUGGUAGUGAGUAGCACCAGAUUUCGGAACCUCGACAUCCACAAGGCCACAUGGCUGUCCCCUGAUCAAAAUACGCUCAACCAGAUUGAUCCCGUUGUGAUAGAUGGAAGGCAUGCCUCAAGCGUGAUGGACGUGCGUUCGUUUCGUGGAGUCAACAUUGACUCGGACUACCGCAGCCAAGAUACGCAUGCGGCUAUGCCGAGCGAAAAACAAACGCCCCAUCACGUAACGAAAGCUUGA